AACCAUGAAUUGGGAUGUCAGGUUUCUUACCAAAAAGGACCCGCCAAAGCACUGGGGCGCGUACCGUCGUACCUAGCCCACGUCCAUACGGCACCGUUUUGAGGCGUUCUGCAAUUGUUACAGACCCAUUCCCUUUUCUCGUCGUUCAUAUCAAUUUGCCUGAGAAAUUCGUGAAGGAACCUCACUCUGCUGUUGUAUUCCCCCAUGGCUUCUGGUUCAGAUUUUGCGUUAGCGCUUUCUUCCGAACUCGAGUCAGUUUUGAGGUUGAAGACUGUUAACUACUUUGUUACGAGGAGGCCAUGGCUUGAUCUUUAUGGAGUUAACGUGAGACCUGUCGCGCCAUUUGGGAGUGCAAGUAGAAGGCCUUUUGUGGAUCCCGCACUUCUACAUCGUUCCUUACCCGAUGAGCUGCUUUUUGAGGUUUUUGCUCGAAUGACUCCAUAUGACUUGGGAAAGGCAUCUUGUGUAUGUCGAAAAUGGAGGUAUACAAUUCGUAACCCUGUAUUUUGGCGCAAUGCAUGCUUGAAGGCUUGGCAGCUCUCUGGAAUUGUUGAAAACUACAAGAUACUUCAAUCAAAAUAUGAUGGCUCAUGGCGGAAAAUGUGGCUGUUACGACCAAGGUUGCGGACUGAUGGUCUUUAUGUGAGUAGAAAUACCUACAUUCGAGUUGGAGUUGCUGAGUGGAAAAUCACUAAUCCAGUACAUGUGGUCUGCUAUUUCCGGUACAUCAGAUUUUUUCCUUCUGGGAGAUUCCUUUACAAGAAUUCAUCUCACAAGGUCAAGGAUGUGGCGAAGUGCAUGAACUUUCGAUCGUCUAAAGCAGACUGUGUUUUUGGUGGCCACUACACAUUGUCAGAUGACAAGGUUGAAGCUGCUGUCUUGUAUCCAGGCACCCGACCUACUGUUUUGAGGAUACGCCUAAGGAUAAGAGGAACAACAGUUGGGGCCAACAAUCGGAUGGAUUUGAUCUCACUUGUUACUAGUGGUGUAAACAGUAAUGAGGCAACUGCACCUGAGGAGGACAUUCUUGGAGUUGUUGAAGGAUGGCAGGAUGAUGAAACACACAACCCGGAUGUACCAGCUGUCUCACAUAAAAGGGGCAUGACUCCCUUUGUCUUUGUUCCAUUUGACGAGGUAGAGACAUCUGUUUUGAACCUUCCGGUGGAAAAAAUGGAUUAUUUUGUACCUGGUUGAAUUAUGCCUCAGAAUAAUAUUAGUUCAUGUGUAAAUAAUCCAUUACUUAUAAAAUAAGGUUAUAAAUUUGUAUAUUUGUGUGUAUGUGUAACAAUGGUGUGAUGAGAUUGAUUAUGGUUCGUGUUGCGAAAUUGACCUUUUGUUCUGUUUUAUGCACGGGAACAAUUGUAAUUUUUUGCAAAUCAUGGAUUCAGUUGUGUAGUAGUAAAUUUAUAAAAGAAUUUUGUGAAAUGUGUUUAUGAA